AUGGCAAGAACAAUAUUGAUCGAUAGUGGGAUUGCUAAGAACUUCUGGGCUGAAGCUAUCAACAUUGCCUGCUACUUGGUGAAUAGGUGCAUGAUCAGGUCUCUCUUGAACAAAACUCCCUAUGAGUUGCUGAAUAGAAGGAAGCCCAAGAUCAGCUUGGAAAGUUUGAUGCCAAAAGUGAUGAAGGAAUCUUUCUGGGAUAUUCUUCUCAAAGUAAAGCCUAAAAGGAAAAAGGCAAGGCUAAUGGUACAAGGCUACAAUCAGGAGGAAGGAAUUGAUUAUGAUGAGACAUUUGCUCCGGUUACUCGCAAGGAAGCUAUAAGAAUCCUCAUUGCCUUUACAUCAUACAUGGACGAAUCUGGCUCUUCUGUAAAUCAAACAAUGUAUAGAGGCAUUAUUGGAUCUCUCCUCUAUCUUAAUGCAAGCAGGCCAUAUGUUGUUUUUAGUGUGGGACUAUGUGCAAGGUUUCAGUCAAAUCCUAAGGAAUCUCACUUGAAGGCUGCCAAAAAAAUCCUAAGAUAUCUUAAGGCAACACAAGUCCUGGUUCUAUACUACACUUCAGGUGAUAAUUUUAAUCUUAUUGGGUAUGUUGAUGAUGAUUAUGCAGGUUAUCGUGUGGAUAGGAAAAGCACAUCCGGAAUGGCUCACUUCUUGGGAUCAUGUCUUAUCUUAUGGGGCACAAGAAAGCAAAAAUCAGUAUCUCUUUCAAUAGCUGAAGCAAAAUAUGCCGCUACAUCCUCCUGA